AUGGCUGACUCGGGGCUCUUGAAUUUCCUACUCAAGCGACAGAGUAUCUUGGACCCAAGCAAUGACACUAACGUUGGUUCAGCUCGGGGAAAUGCAUCAUCUUCCAGCUCCGACGUUGCAGAUAGCCUGGGGAUUGGAGGUUCAACGUCUCUCUCUGCAUUCUUGACAACCUUGGUCCCUGCUCUUUUCAUCGCAAUAUUCUGGUUUGGUUUAUUCAUUAUCUGUCGACGGACCCAACAGCGCUGGUACGCUCCGAGGACACAUUUGCACUGCUGGCACAAACAUGAACGGAGUCCGGAGCUGCCAUCUGGCUUUUUGAACUGGUUUGGAAAGUUCAUAGAAAUCACCGACACCCAUGUUCUUCACCGUUCGUCGAUGGAUGGAUAUCUUUUUCUUCGCCUCCUUCGAGUACUCUGUUCCCUCUGCUUCAUAGGUUGUUUGAUAACAUGGCCUAUUCUUCUUCCGAUUCAUGCCACAGGUGGCGGGGGGAACACCCAACUGGAUAUGCUGAGCUUCAGCAAUGUAACAGACCCGACACGGUAUUAUGCUCAUGCUGUCAUCGGAUGCGUGUUCUUCACGUAUAUCUUCUAUGUUGUCACACGGGAGUGUUUGUUCUUUGCCAAUCUCAGACAGGCAUAUCUAAACUCGCCAGCCUAUGUUCAUCGCAUCUCAUCACGAACAGUGCUCUUCAUGUCUGUUCCCGAGGAUUAUCAAAACGAAAAGAAACUGCGCCAAGUUUUCGGUGACUCGGUACGACGAAUCUGGAUCACGUCCAAUUGCAAAGAACUCGAGAAAAAAGUCAGUAAACGGGAUAAGCUAGCGUAUAAGCUAGAAAGUGCCGAAACGAAGUACAUCCGCCUAGCAAAUUCGACUGGCUUAAAAGUCCUCAAACGUGGAGAUAUUGGGUCCGAGGAGGCCUGUUUGGAAUGCGGGAAGCAUACACCGUCGUGGUCGUCUACCAUUCGACGUCCUACUCACCGAGUUGGGCUGCUUGGAAUAUUCGGGAAAAAGGUUGAUUCCAUUCGUUGGCUGCGAGCUGAAUUGGCCAAGAUCAACGAGGAGGUGAAAACUCUGCAGCACAAACACAAGACCGGCGACGCGAAAUAUCUUUCCGCUACCUUUGUCGAAUUCCAGACUCAGAAUGAUGCACAAAUCGCCUUGCAGACACUGUCGCAUCAUCAACCGCAGCAUAUGACUCCACGAUUUAUUGGGAUUUCCCCGAAGGAGGUGGUUUGGUCUGCACUGAAUCUCAGUUGGUGGCAGCGAGUCGUACGCAAAUUCCUCAUCAAAGGAGGUAUUGCUGUGCUGAUCGUGUUCUGGUCAAUUCCGGCUGCUAUUGUCGGUGCUAUUUCUAACAUCUCAUAUCUCACGGAGAUUCUCCCAUUCUUGAGUUUUAUCAAUGAACUACCCGAUGUUAUCACGGGCAUAAUUGCCGGGUUGCUUCCUUCGGCCGCCUUGGUGCUCUUGAUGUCGUUAGUCCCUAUCAUUUGUCGAUUUUGCGCCGGAUGCGCCGGAGUCCCGUCACGAGCAGGUGUCGAGCUCUUCACACAAAGUGCUCAUUUCUGCUUCCAAGUCGUCCAGGUCUUUCUGGUAACGACUCUCACAUCUGCCGCCUCUGCUGCUACUUCUCAAAUCAUUCAAGAUCCCAUGUCGGCCAAGGACCUUUUGGCGAAAAAUCUGCCCAAAGCAACCAACUUCUACAUUUCAUAUUUCCUUCUCCAGGGAUUGAGUAUGAGCUCCAUGGCCGUUGUACAAGUUGCCGGGGCGCUGGUUUUCAAGUUCAUUGCUACCUUUUUUGACCAUUCGCCAAGAAACUUAUAUCAACGAUGGGCUGCGGUCAGUAGCAUUAGUUGGGGGAACGUCUUUCCUGUUUUCACAAACAUGGGCGUUAUCGCCCUAACAUACUCUUGCAUUGCCCCGCUAAUCCUCGGCUUCGCCUUCGUUGGCCUCUACCUCGUCUACCAAGCCUACCGCUACAACUUUCUCUUUGUCUACGACAUCGACAUCGACACAAAAGGCCUUGUCUAUCCCCGCGCCCUCCAACACCUCAUAACAGGCGUCUACCUUGCCGAAAUCUGCAUGAUCGGCCUCUUCGCCAUUCGCAGCGCCGUCGGCCCCCUGAUCAUCAUGAUCAUCUAUACCGUUCUCACCGUUCUCGCACACAUCUCCCUCAACGACGCCCUCGCCCCAGUAACUUCCUUCCUCCCCCGCACCCUCGACACAGAGGAAGAACUCCUUCAGUCUAAGGAAGAAUCCGAAGCAUACAUCUACCAAAAACAGACUACCCGCCUCGAGGCAAUCUGGAAAUGGUUCCAUCCCAACUUAUACCGCGACUACGCGACGCUUCGCCGGAAGGUCCGCCGUGAUCUCGUUGAGAUCAAAUACUCCGAAGAGGAACGACAGAAUGCAUACUACGAGCCGUGCAUCACGGCCAAGUGUCCGAUGUUAUGGCUUCCUAGGGAUAAAUGGGGAUUCAGUCAUCAGGAGGUGUUAGAUACGGAUGCGGGGAUCCCUGUCACGGAUGAGAGGGCGCAUCUGGAUGAGAAGAACAAAAUUAUUUGGGAUAAGUAUGAUCCGAAUCUGCCGUUGUGGGAGUUGAAGGUUCUGUAUUGA